UAACCCUCUCUUUCUCUCUCCGUACCCCUUAGAGUGAGAAGAAAGUUUUUCAGAGUGGGGAAGAGAGAGAGAGUGUUUUCGGUUACCAAAAGAGACAUCCUUCCAUCCAUCCAUCCGCUCUACAUAAAACGACUUUGGAAUUUACGAGCAGAGGAAGGGAGUGGGAGACAGGAGAGCCUAGAGAGCAGAUGGAGAUAGAGGUGGAUGGUGGCAGUGCGCAAUGCGCACCAGUUCAUCCAUUAUCGGCGCUCGCAUCCCUAUGGAACCUUGCCCACCUAUGCCAGCCUGUUGCAGCCUAGGUAAUAUUUAGGUGUACUAUACGCAUCCCAGGCGCAUUUUGUUUGUGCUACGCCACAUGUUCUUGACACUUCCUUAAACCUUAUACCCCUCCUUUCUCUCUCCUGGUGUGUGUAUCUCACAUACAAUCGACUGCUGUUGACCGGUCGCCGGAGGGAGUGGGUGGGAGUGCUCCAAUGGAUCCCUGUCCUUUCGUGCGCCUUCUCGUCGGGAAUCUUGCUCUCAAGGUUCCGGUUGCCUCCAAACCUGCUCGCUCCGUCGUGCAUCCUUCUUCCUCCCCUUGCUUCUGCAAAAUCAAACUAAAGAACUUUCCUCUUCAAACCGCUGUCGUCCCCUUCAUUCCUCCCGAGAAUCAGUUCCCGGACGGUCAGGUCCAAACUCUCGCUGCCAGCUUUCAUUUGAGCAAGGCCGAUCUGGAGAAGCUCGCCGCCAAAUCCAUCUUCGCGGGGAAACUUUGCCUGAAGAUUGCGGUAUACACUGGGCGGAGAGGGACUACUUGCGGUGUAAAUUCUGGGAGACUAUUGGGGAGAGUUACAGUUCCGUUGGAUCUGGCGGGAACGGAAACUAGGCCUUGUGUGUUUCACAAUGGGUGGAUUUCGGUUGGUAAGGACACCAAGGGUUCGUCUGCGCAGUUCCAUUUGAAUGUAAAAUCCGAGCCCGAUCCCAGAUUCGUAUUUCAGUUCGAUGGAGAACCCGAAUGCAACCCACAAGUCUUUCAGAUUCAAGGGAGCAUUCGACAACCCGUGUUUACUUGCAAGUUCAGUUUCAGGAACACCGGAGGCCCAAAUCAGAUAUCCAGAUCAUUACAGUCCGAAACCAUUAGUUCAAGGACCUGGUUGAGUUCAUUCGGCAGCGAGAGGGAAAGGCCCGGAAGGGAGCGUAAGGGAUGGUCCAUCACGGUUCACGACCUCUCUGGCUCUCCAGUAGCCGCUGCUUCAAUGGUUACACCCUUUGUAGCCUCACCUGGUUCUGACCGAGUCAGCCGAUCGAACCCUGGUUCUUGGCUCAUUCUGCGUCCCGGGGAUGGAACAUGGAAGCCCUGGGGACGCCUUGAGGCCUGGCGCGAGCGAGGUUCCAGCGACGGGCUGGGUUACAGGUUCGAAUUGAUUCCAGAUACUAAUGGAGGAAUGGGUGCGGCAGGCAUAGUUUUGUCGGAGUCUACUCUUGGUAGCAACAAGGGCGGGAAAUUCGUAAUAGACUUGGCCGGUGGGAGCAACGGACGUGCGACUCCUGGUAGCGCAACGUCGCCGGCUUGCAGCCCUAGAAGCAGCGGAGAUUUCGGGUACGGGUUGUGGCCAUACUGCAGCUACAGAGGGUUUGUGAUGUCUGCGACGGUUGAAGGUGAGGGAAAAUGCAGUAAGCCAUCAGUGGAGAUCAGUGUGCAGCACGUGAACUGCACAGAAGAUGCAGCUGCAUUCGUGGCGCUGGCCGCAGCCGUUGAUCUUAGCAUGGAUGCUUGCAGGCUUUUCUCUCACAAGCUCAGAAAGGAGUUGUGCCAGCACCAGGAUUUGCUAGGCUGAUUCAGAGUUGUUUGUUCUGAUGGCUUUUUUUUUUUCUUCCAACCGUUUUUUUAAGUGGAUUUUUUUUUAUUUCCAUCCUCGUGAGAGUUAUUACUACUAACAAAUCACUAGAGACUGUACAGCCGGUGGGGAGAGAGAUUGACAGGGCACGCUUUGUUUUUAGUUGUGUGGCUUGUGUUCAUUUUUAUUUUUAUUUUUGGGUUCUAAUAUUGUAGUCGCUGACUCAAUAUUUUUAAAUUUAGAUGUAAGAAGAGGAUUGUUAUUAUGGUUUGUCAA